CAACAGUAAUAAGUAACACAGUGCUCUGGAGCAGAGCUGGACGGGGAGUCUCAGAGCAAGUGAGAGAGAGGUGUUUUUUCACCCUGACCAAGCUGUAGCUUGCUACGGCUGAGAGACUCCAACCUCCACACACAGGAAGAUAAGCUAGAGAAACGAUUAACAGGCACGCCAAACGAUGGAAGUAGUCCUGACCAGGCUGAGGGACUUUUCCUGCAAGGCAGCUACCUUCGACAACUGCAAAUCAGUGGGCAUGGCUGUCUGUGGAAGCAGCUCCAGGGACGGCUGUGGGGCUGAGGGGGGACAGAGGGGAGCCCACGGCGCCGGAGACCACAGCCCAAUUCAGCUGGACAUCGAGAGCGCCUUGGAGUGGCUGCGCAGAGAACUGAUGGAGAUGCGCUCCCAGGACCAGGUUCUGAUCCGGCAGCUGAUGGACCUGCAUGCUGGGAUACAGGAGCUGAAGCUGGAGUACACUGAAGCUGAGGCUGAGGAGGAAGAAGAGGAAGAGGAGGAAGAGGAGGGCUGGGACUCAGGGGGUGAAGCUGGGGGUGGCAGCAUCUAUUCCAGCUCAGGGGAGGUGGGGUUUUCCUCCUCCCCCUCAGCUAGCAGCAUGCCCGUGGCCUCCCUUUUCUAUCCCGGGAGGUCACUGCCCAGACGAGCCUUCAGCCGCAGGAGCUCCGUCCCCUAACCCCCAACAGGUCCUCCCCUGGUCACACUGCAGUCACACUCAAUUGGUAGAAACAAGGUUUUCAACCUAAUUCUAGAGCUGUUUGCCUUUUUUUCAAAGGCCUAAACUGAAGUGUCCCUUUCUUGGUGUCACCCCCUUGUGUUUCCACAUCCUUCAUGCUUAUUAACCGUAUUUCCAAGAACCCCCCCAUAACAACCCCUUAAAGUGUCCUUAAAGCUGGGAGGUAGUUUUGACCCGGUUUGAAAACCGAAGAGAUAGACCACUGUAAAAUGUCUCCAGGGUCAGAAGCCCAGAACUCAGGGGAAUCUUUACAUCAUUACAGUACUUCAGCUCUUAUCAGCACCUCUGCAACAUAUCUCCAUUCCAAUUCACCUGGUUAAACAUGACUCUCAGAGUAGAGGGACCACCUGGUUCACCAUAUACAUCUCAUCAUUGAUCUCCACAUUGACUCACUCACAGUCUACAAACUCGUGAUGGAUGGCAUUGGGUUUGACUAAUAACAGUUCAAAAAGCAAAGUUUAUAGGCUGGUGCUGUAUGCUUUGCUUGUAAAGAAUCAGUUCAUUCCCCUGUGCUGCUGCUGUUUCAUAGUUCACUGGAGCUGACAAACAAAAUGACUCUUUUUAGUCUUACUUAACUCUUAUAUUAGUACCACAUCUGUUGAGAUCCCCGUUAGAAAGGACAAACUCUAGACUAUGCCAUAGAAACACAUUAGUGUUUACUGUACCUCAUGUUUUAUAGACUGUUAAAAGGGCCCAUUCAAGAGAGCUAAAUGCCAGAUCUUACAGUUUAAGGAAGAAGAUGAAUGCUUUGUGCUUUAAUUGUCCCCUUUAAAAGUCCAUUUGUUUACAGGCCAUAGAACCCCUAUUCCAAGCUGCAGUUUAGAAUGUGAGCGUCGGGCCUAAGCAAAGAUUAAAUGACUUCCUUGUAUAUAAAUCUUUAACAUGCAAUGAUCUCACUGGGUCAUAUUCUAAAUAAUACCCUUUACAUUACACAUGAAUGUUAAAGGUCAUACAUUUCAACCUCUGAAUCUGACACACUGACGUUCUUAUUCUGCUCCCUCACAAGGGUCUAUCUAAAUG